AUGUCCAGACUUCUUAUACCAACCAACACCAGAUCUCAACUCAUCGAGAAAAUGAUCAACUACACCUUCACCAACCCUGCAACCGUCCAUGAAGCCCUCCGCACCCCAGGCUCUAUGGCAAUCCUCACCCCCCACCGGCUAGACGGACACAAAGACCUCGCCCAGCUGGGUGACGCAGCCUUACGUCUAGUCCUUGCCAAAGACGGAUACCAAGCCCAUGCAACAAGAGAACAAAUCAACGACACCCACAGCGGCAAAGCCAGUAACGCCUUCCUAGCAAGAACUGGUUUCCAAAAGGGCCUCGAUCGCUACAUCUACGUCAACCCCUCGCAGGGCGGCAUCGUCUCCGACAAAAUCAUGGCUACAACCGUUGAAGCCAUCUUGGGCGCCGUCUACAUCGACAGUGGGGAGAAUAUCCAAGCUGUGCGAUCCGUUGUGGCGGUGUUGGGUCUCUCCUGGCCUGCAUAG